AUGGCUGGCUACCUGAGUGAAACGGACUUCGUGAUGGUGGAGGAGGGCUUCAGCGCCCGAGACCUGCUGGAGGAACUCACUCUGCGGGCCCCACAGGCCACCGCGGGAGAGGUUACUGCCUUCUUCGUGGCCGACCUGGGUGCGGUAGUGAGGAAGCACUUCUGCUUUCUGAAGCGCCUGCCUCGAGUCCGGCCCUUUUACGCCGUCAAGUGCAACAGCAGCCUGGGUGUGCUGAAGGUCCUGGCUGAGCUGGGGCUGGGCUUCAGCUGUGCCAACAAGACAGAGAUGGAGUUGGUCCAGCAUAUUGGCGUCCCUGCCAGCAAGAUCAUCUACGCCAAUCCCUGUAAGCAAAUUGCACAGAUCAAAUAUGCUGCCAAGCAUGGGGUCUGGCUGCUGAGCUUUGACAACGAGACGGAGCUGGCGAAGGUGGCGAAGAACCACCCCAGUGCCAAGAUGGUCCUGUGCCUCGCCACCGACGACUCCUACUCCCGGAGCCGCCUCAGCCUCAAGUUUGGAGCAUCGCUGAAGUCCUGCAGGCACCUGCUUCAGAAUGCCAGGAAGAGCCAUGUAGAGGUGGUGGGUGUGAGUUUGCACGUUGGCAGCAGCUGUGUUGACCCCCAGACCUAUGCUCAGUCCAUCGCAGACGCCCGAUUUGUGUUUGAAAUGGGCGCUGAGCUGGGCCACCGGAUGCAUAUCCUGGACCUUGGUGGCGGCUUUCCUGGAGUGGAAGGCACCAAAGUGAGAUUUGAAGAGAUUGCUUCUGUGAUCAGCUCAGCCUUGGACCUGUACUUCCCAGAGGGCUGUGGUGUGGACAUCCUUGCCCAGCUGGGGCGCUACUACGUGACCUCGGCCUUCACCUUGGCAGUCAGCAUCAUCGCCAAGAAGGAGGUUCUUCUGGACCAGCCUGGCAGGGAGGCCCACCCUGGUGCCAGCUUCCCACUCCCACCCCUUCAUCUUGCUACUUGCCCUGCCACUGACCCCUCCCUCCCUGCAGAUGAGACCGGUUCUGUCCCCAAGACGAUCAUGUACCAUCUUGAUGAGGGCAUCUAUGGAAUCUUCAACUCAGUGCUGUUUGACAACACCUGCCCUACCCCCAUCCUGCUGAAGAAACCAUCCGCAGAGCAGCCCCGGCACAGCAGCAGCCUGUGGGGCCCGGCGCCUGACGGCCGUGACUGCGUAGCGGAGGGCCUGUGGCUGCCGCAGCUGCACGUAGGGGACUGGCUGGUCUUUGAGAACAUGGGCGCCUACACCAUGGGCGUGGGUUCCCUUUUCGGAGGGACCCAGACCUGCCGCAUCACCUAUGCCAUGUCUCGCGUGGCCUGGGAGGCACUGCGAGAGCAGCUGCUGCCUGCAGAACAGGAUGGGGAUGCUGAGGGCGUGUGCAAGCCUCUGUCCUGCGGCUGGGAGAUCACAGACACCUUGUGCGUGGCCCCCGUCUUCACCCCGGCGAGCAUCAUGUGA